AUGAAUUCGUUUUUGCUAUACGAACCAAAAUGGAAUACUAGUAUAAGAGUAGUAGUACGCGUCAAGCGUGAGCGGUCCAUUUUUAAACCCAAGGUAUCAGGUGUCGUGGGUCGCGCAGACGUGUUGGCGUGUUUUUUCUUCCUUUCUUCUCUUCUACUUUACCACGGUUGUACCAGUCGUCACCGUGUGGUAUGGAGUAUUGUGUUGGCGGCUCUCAGUAUGUUCGCUAAGGAGACUGGUCUCACUGCGCUUCUCUUCAAUAUUGUCUUUGACUUGUACAAAUGUUGGGGAACAUUAUUCAGAUCUCCUGUUCGUUGGCGAUGGAAAGGCGAUAAUGUAUGGAGCCGUGUGAGCAGGGGUCUCUUAGCUUUGGUCAUAUUAGCGGGCUUCCGACUGAUUCUUCUACAAGGAUCUCUUCCAGCAUUUUCACCACAAGAUAACCCUCCAGCCUUUCAUCCCUCAUUCACUGUUAGGUUGUUGACGUUCUGCUACCUGGCCGCAUUCAACUGGUGGCUACUGAUUUGCCCCUGGACCUUGAGUCAUGAUUGGCAGAUGGGUUCAGUACCACUCGUAACCACGCUCUGGGACUAUAGGAAUCUGCUCACUGGCGCCGUCAUUUUGGCCUUGCUGGCCUUGACCUAUAGAUUUGUUAUGGACUUAGAGCUACAACGACAUACACCAGCAGUGGCGGGUCUAUUGCUGCUCAUCAUCCCGUAUUUGCCAGCUUCGAAUUUACUGGUCACUGUGGGCUUUGUGGUCGCUGAAAGAGUGCUUUAUAUACCAAGCGUGGGUUCAGUAUUACUGACGGUGUGCGGGAUGCAGGCGUUAUGGCGUCGUGGGGGUGGGAGUGGGAAGCGGCUGAUGGCGCUGGGCGUGGCCGUGGUGGUAGCCGGUGGUGCUGCACGAACAGUGCUACGGAACCAGGACUGGCGUACGAGGGAGACGAUACUUAGAGCUGACCUAGCCGUUUUGCCUCACAACGCGAAAUUGCAUUACAAUUUUGCAAAUUUCCUGAAAGACAUCGAGCAACAAGAGAACGCAAUAAAACAUUAUAAAGAAGCAUUGCGACUGUGGCCGAGUUACGCGAGCGCGCACAAUAACCUGGGCACGCUGGAAGUCUGGUCGGGACGCGCUGAGCACCACUUCCUUCUGGCUCUGCGGUACAACGCGAGGCACCUCAACGCGCACUAUAACCUGGCGAGGCUUUAUCGCAAGAAGAAUCGCAUCGCGGAAUCCUUGAAGAUGCUGGAGCGCUGCAUUUCCCUGGAGCCUCGGUUUGUCCCCGCCCACGUGGAGAUGUUCCUGACAGCUGCUGGCCAAGACAAGCACGCCGCCUUGCGCCGCCUGUUAGACCUGGAGCCACGCAACUGGGAACAUUAUUACCGCUACGGGAACUGGCUGAAGGGGAAAGGUCUGUGGCCUUUAUCCCUAAAAUACUACCAAAGUGCUGUCCGGGUUUCAUAUCUAACGUCUCGUCGUGCGGCUCUGCCUCCGUUGACAGCCGCCGCUUUGCUGCUGCGUCGGGAUGGGCAAAGGAUGCGAUUGCUGCAUCUACUCACUAGGUGGCAGGGCGGACGUGGGGCGGGCGGCGCAGCGGAGCGGGCUUGGAGACUUAGGACAGAGCUCGCAGGACGGGCGGCGCGAUACACGCGGGUAACACAGUCAAAAUCGACUUGUCUUCAUCACAGCCACCUCGAAGUAUCGGCACAUUCAUAUCGAACUAACGAAUAUACAGACGUUAACGUAAAGGCCGAAUGUCAAACUCUCCCAGCGACAACGAACCCCCAGUUUAAACCCACACACAACAAAUCCGAGACAAAACUCAAAAGUUGUCCGUUGAAGAACAGGAAUGGGCCCGACCCAUUCGCUUUGGUUUCUGACCAUUUAAAGACUUAUUAG